GGUGUUGGAUUCGGAGGAGCAAGCAGAACCAUGGAGAGUGUGUACAAGUUCUCCUCCACAGAAAGGGUGCAGCUAUUGGAGAAAGACCUGGCUGUAAAGCUAAGCGAGCUGAAGGCAGAGCUGGAAGAACAGAGGCUCCGUCCAGAAACAGCCAACUGGACCUUCAGCUCUGUUCAAAUACCGAAGGAUGUCGCUCACUUUAGACGCGAACGGGAAGUGGCUCUGAAGAGAACCCUCCGGGUGGCGGAGUGCAAGCCCCUUGUUAUUCAGGCAGAUGUCCUGCAGAGGGAGCUAGAGAGCUGCCUGAGGAGAGAGUACACGCCGGAAAACCUCCCUCUGCUUCUGCUGCAGUAUUACACAGAGAGAAUUACACACCUGGCCCAGAGUAAACAUUUGCAUAUGCUGAGAUGGAAGCGGCUCUGCCAGACCAGCGAGACCAUGGAAGAGCUCCACCCGCUGUACAAGAGACAAGUCGGCUACAUCAUGCAGGAGUUCAAUGAUGCAGUUCAGAGAGCAGAAAGACUGUCAGUGGCUAGAGAGAACUUCCUCAUGGGAAAAAGCAAUCCCCCCAACCUGGUGACACCAGAAGACCUGACGAUCUACACCAGGUGGUUAGUGUGUCACCUGCACUCGCUCCGGCCCAUCCAUCACUAUCUGCAGGCCCUCCAGUACUUGCCCAUCUCCAGAGCGCUGCAUCUAGCUGAUAACCGAGUCUAUGGACCUAGUGAGGAAAAGGAAAAUAUCGGUGUGGCUGACCUUAACUCUGCAUCUCCCGGUCCCACGGGUUCCAGCAUCUCAGGGCCAGGGAGAACAGAUACGACGUUCGCCCUGCCUCAGCACGUGAUGGAGCGGGAAGAACUAGAGCCUCGGCUGAGACGCCUGCUCUCGCAUUUCCGUAUCCCCUACGACUUACAAAAGCUGAGAGACUCGGCCAAAGAGAUGGAGCUCUUUCCUUUGGUUUCUCAGCACUUCCAGAGCAUCUUCACCGAGCAGCAAAGGAUGCGGUCAUUCCAAGACUACGAGGCCUGGAGAGUUAGAGUGCAGAAUGUGUCAGGCCCUGCUGCUACCCUGAAAAAGAGAGCCACCUGGACUCCCUUUGUGAAGGUCAAGCCGAAAUGUGACCCUUGGCAGAAGAAGAUGUUAACCAGACUCAAAGAGCGGAGGAGAAUAGAUGAACUAAUGCAAGUCCAGUCAAAGAUUUUGAAGAUUUCUGACCCUGUGAAGGCUGUGCAGGUGCUCCAGGAUCACGCUGCAAGGACAGUGACUAUGGAUCCACAUCGCUCCUCUUUCAUGACUUCUCAGCCUUUGCAUCCAUGCAGCUAUGAUCACAUCUGGCAGAGUAUUUAUAACAACAUCGACCUCUACCAGAAUGAAAAUGUGAAGGAUGAGAGUCUUUCGGUGGAACCAGGCGACGGUGACCUUGGGAAAAUACAUCUCAGCCAAAGCUCUGAUGGGUCUCUCAAGCAGAAGACAGAGACUAGAAGCAGCUAUGCAAUGACCCUGCAACUGCUGGGCUUGAGCGACGGGACGGAGCCUGAGCGGAAUCCUGUCCUGAUGAGAGGGGCUUACUUCUCCUUCCUGUGUCUGCGUCACCUGCACAUCCGGGAGCUACAGCGCGUCUGUCUGGGAGUUCUUAACUACUUCAGAUCCGUUGAGCGGACUUUGACGAUCAACACUUCAGGCCUUACCUCGGUCUCAGGGAAGCUGGUCCCCACUGUGGGAGAUAAUUCCUGGGUAAAUAUGGCAAAAGGAGGCUUGGGCACCUUGCAAGGCCUGGGAGAUCACCACUAUGUCCAUGGGACAUCUGCUGAACACAAGGUCCACAGCGUGCAAUUCCUGGAGUUCUCGGAAGCUGAAAACCAGGACGACUUCCACAGCACGCAGGCUGGCUGUGUCCACACUCAGGACCAGUUUGGCCUGUAUGUCAUGUAUGACAUUGCCUUGCAAGAUCUGGAGGAGCUGGAGUCAGAACUGCUGCUCAUUGCCAGCCAUUACAUUGAGAAAGAAAAAAGUCACAGAGAGGAUAGCCAGUCACAGAGCAGCCAGCGUUGGGGCUGGGCUCAUGCCAGUGUGGACAGAUUUGCUGUGCUGUAUGACCUGUGGACCUGGGAAGCGAAUCUUCUAGAAAGCAAACGCCAGCUUCUCGAUAGUUACUUUGAAGCCUACCAGCACACACUGGACACCGAAGAGUGCUUUGCUUUGGCACAAGCUAUGACUGACAUUAUGCACCGACGCCCCAAGUUUGAUCUCAGCUGCUCGUAUUUCACUAAGGCCUACCAAGAUGACUGUACCUGCCUGAGGCUUCACCAGCAGCUAGUGAGGGGCAUCCUCAACCAUCAGCUAGAGCAGCAGCGGGAAUACGUGCGGAUGCUCUGGCAAGGGGAUCAGCCCGCUCUCAAGACAUUCGGACUUCCCCUGAACGUAAUUCACAAACAGUUUGUUUCCAUCAACAGCAGCUGCCCAGCCUCAGAAAAUGUCCAUCUGUUGGAGUUCCACCCUUCCCUGGGUCUGGUUGGGCUCAUCCCUAAAGCCCUGGAGCACCUGUUGCGUGAGGCUUGCCACGCCCACAAGCCUGCAUCACCCAGUGGGCUCGCCCAGCUGGAACAACGCAUCUUGCAGCUCGCCCUGGACCUGUGGCUCACCCCGGCCAGGCCCGAGGCCUGGUACAGCGCACAACUCCAGAGAGAUCUCUUUUCAGCUAAAGUGAUGGGUGAUCCCUUCCUCGUGGAGGAGGUGGGCCUGCUUGCGCUCAGGUCUGCGAUGGACAAAGGACAGAGACAAGGCCAAGAUUUUCACACACUGCUCCUGGAGAUGUUUUCAAAACUUCUGGAACUCCUGACCCUCCGCCACCGACUGAUAGAAAUGAUUGUGGAGAGCACAUCCUUGGCUCGGCUGUAUAAGAAGUUGGCACAGGAGAUGGGUUUUGAAGAAUUCCAUUUGUACCUGAGGCCUGUUCACUUUGAGUUUGCAUCACACAAGGACAAAAUGGACCCUCCCCCUCCUGUCUUUAUGACGUCUUUGCUGGAGGACAGCAGUAGAGUGGACAGGUACUCCCCCGCUGCCCUCGACUUAGCCAUUGCUGAGCUGGGUGACAACCAAAUUGGCAAGUUCAGCUGCUAUACACAAGACGCCAUCCUCAAGCUCUUGCUCCAUUCGGGAGUGGAAAAUAUGCAAGUGACCCUUGCCUGCCAAACUGCUCAGAAGAAUGCUUUAAUGGUGGCCAUUCAACAGGUGUUCUUCUAUGACAUCCCUGCAGUAGACAGUCCUGUUGAUAACAAGGUCACAAGUUUGGCUAUGAGGCAUCAUGGCAGAAGAAGUCCAACCAGAAGGGAAUCCAGGACUGCCAGCGGCAUAGAGUGUAUGCUACUAGCCCCAACUCCAAAAGCUCCGGACACCCUUACUCAUUCUUCAGAAGGAUUUAAGACUACCAAAAGGGCUCCAGAGGCCUUCGUGUCUAUUCAGCUAGAAAAGGUGGGUUUGCGGGACACCAUGCUGAACACCUUCCUGUGCAGAAAACAGACGACGGCUGACCGGAUGGAGAGCCCUGAUGACAUCGAAAAAGUCAAGAGAGAACUAAUAGUUGAAUAUUGCCAAAAGUUGAGCCACCGCAUGUCUCACUAUGCCCUUCGGGGUCAGAUCAUGGCAUACUGCAAUAGCCUGAGAGUUCUGUUGGACGACUUUCCUACCAUCAGGGACACUUUCUUCAUGGUGGGACAACCCAAUGAGAAGAAGAGCUUGAAGGACUCCAGUGGGGAAUUCAAGGCUGAUCCCAGGGGUUUCCAGCCUCGGCCUCGAAGCUUGCUGUCAGCUGACGGAAGAGUCUUCCUCAACUUAUGGUUUAUUCCCCACCCUUCUGAAGUGCUCCUUAUGUUCAAAACUCUGCCGGAAGAGGCAGCCUUUAGAGCCCUAAAACUGACUCUCCAGCUUGUGGCUUCUCUCCACGACAUUGUGGCCUACCUUUUCAGUUUUGUCAAGCUUGGCAAUUGCCCAACGGGCUUUGACUUUCCUCUAAGCCCUCACCCUUUGAAGAGUGACUGGGGAGGAGCCGAGGGCAUUGGGUCUGAGCUUCAGGAACUGCAGAAAAUGAUUGACAGUCUCCAGAGUCCCCAGGACCCGGCUCAUGUGGCCCAGGCCCUCCUCCUCCGCAGGGAGGUGACGUGGCUGCAGUUUGAUGCUGCAAUGAGACAUCUCCUCCGAACAUUUUUGGCAGCAGGAAAUGCUCCCGCCCACCAGUCUGUCGCAGAUGGUGUGUGCCAUGGUUUGCCACCACUGAGCGACUCUCUCAGAAGGAGCAUCUUUUCUUCAGGGCUCAGCCUGCCCCAGCCGCUAGAUCCACGGAGCCUCCAGGCGGUUACGAUGUUCCCAUGGAGGGCGUUUCUGGAAGAUGGUGGACCAUUUCCAGUUAUGAGCAGCGUCCCAAACACCUUAGAGGAUGAUAUGCAGAUGUGUCUCUGCGGGCUGAGUGACCGUGACCGCAAAGUGGCCCAUGGAGAGCUGGUGGGCGUGCAGGUGCUAAUGGACGAUGUACUGCUGGGCAGCUAUCACGUGACCACGGAAGGGUCUCCUGGAUUGCAGGCCACGCUGGACACUGCACAGCCACACUGGUCCAAACUGCCAGGACUCUGCCCAAGUCCGUUGGAAAGUCUCCCAAAGGCCUCCACCUUGCUGGAGGGUCCACAAGGUGCAGUGCUGUCCCUUGCUCUGUUGAAGUCCUUCCUCAUCCUGUGGAAGCAGCUGGAAGUGCUCAAGGAACACUGGGGCCGACUCAGGCUUCAAGGCCAGGAGAUCAACUCUGCCUCCCACCACAAACAGUUCUCAGAGCUCUAUGAAGCUGACAUUUUCUACCCCAGCCUGAAAUCUUUAGCCAGGCAGAUGGGCAAAGAAGAUGAAUUUGAAGGACUAAUAAUAAGAAACCAGUCUAUUCUUCCCCCAAAGGGAGCCUCAGAAAUCGAAAUAAAAACCCAGCAGCUCCAGAAGCUUCUGGAAAGUUUAGAAAUUUAUAUGAUCCAAGAGGUACUGAAGAAAGUUAGUAGAGAGAUGAGCCUGCUUCUAUCAGAAAAGUCCAAGGAGGAGGAGCCUGCCCUCCCAACAGAACUUUGGAAACACCAAGUCAUGAAAGAAAACUUUUCAGUCGUGAGACCCCAGAUCGUGGAGAAAUUUGUACAGAGACUGAUGGAGGGUUCCCAAGACGAUGGGCCCGAGAUCACCUUCAAGAGGGACCACCUUGAAGCCUGCCUCCUCUCCCUGGGUUGUGAUGUCAUGGCAAGAGAACGCAGCAACUUUGAGACCUACUCCAUGUGCUACGAGCAUAUACUGCAACAUGCUAGGGAGAAGCUGAGCCAGAGGGAGCAGGAAGUAGACUUGCUUCAAAGAAGUCAAGUUCCUCCUGAAGACUGUGCUAGUCAGGUUGCCGAGCUCAGCCAUGACCUGAUCAUGGAAGUCACUGCUCUGAGAGCCCAGCUCACGGAUCUAGAAGAGGAGACUCUGGAUCUAAAACACCAGAUUAGAAAAGAAGUCCAGGAGGAGUACAGCGAAUUAGUGCAAGCUUUGUUUAUGACCUGCUUACACAUAAAGGAGGCGCUGGAUGAGAAUCAGUUUAAUUUGAUCCAGAGAGUGUGUGAGCUCAUCUGUGAAGUGAGAGCCGAAGGGACUGCCAACAUGAAGCAGCUCAAGAAAACCUGGGGCUCUGCCAGACCCGACGAAGGAACAAAAGAGAACACAGGCAAAGAGCAGCUGCGCCCCUCGGAGCAGGACAACAGGGGCACCCUGGCUGCUGUAGUGUGCAAAGUGCGGAGCCUGGGCCGCUGGCGUCUGGCUGCUCAGCAGGCUCAUCUCAGAGGUCAGCUGAGCAGGGCAGAGAAGGAAUCUAUUCACAGUCAAAGAGAAUGUGUGAGAAUCAAGCUCAUGGCAGAGCAAGAAGUGGGGUUACUACAUCAACAGCUACGGGCUGCCAGGCAGGCCCUGGCCAAAGCUCAGACUGACAGCAGGAAGCUGUGGCAGCAGCAGGAUACCCAGGCUCAACUGCUGAGGGAGUUGGAACACAGAGUGACUCAAGACUCUGUCACGCGGCAGCAGCUGGAGAUCCUAAGAACAUCUGGCAUGGAGAAGCUCCUAGAAGACGUGGAGCAAAAGGAGCAACAACUGCAGCUCCUGACAGAAGAGGCCCAGCGGGCUUCGAAAAUGGGCCAGCUGCAGUGGAAGAAGAUGGACAGAGACCUGCAGCAGAUGAGAAGCCGGCUUGCCCAGGAGCGUAGUAUGAAGCUGGAUGCCUUCCAACGAGUGCGGGAGCUACAGAGUCAGCUUCAUGACAUGGAGCAGCCACCUCUCCAGAUGGGCUGCCCAGCUGGGCUUACGCCCCAGACCCACCGCUCCCUAAACUCUGCUGCUGCAUUAUCCAGAUGUUCCCACCAGCGGUUUCCAAAGACUAAUCUUCUUGGCAAUAAAAUGGCAAGAAGGAUUCAAAGGCCAAAGACUGUACCAAUUAAGCAGAAAAAAAGAAUUGAUGAUAGUUCUCUACCCAAUGUGGCAGAAAAUGCUCAACUUACAACUUUUCAAGUCCAAACAGCUCCAUCCAGGAUUUCGUUCAGAACUGAGAGCUUUUCUUCGCAGUAUGUGGCAGACAGUAUUGAAGAACUGAGAUGAAUUCAUCUAGAGUGUCCAGAUGAAGCCGGAUUUUGGUCCCAGAUUUGAAAACUUUCAAGCACUGGUUUGCAUUCUACAAGUUCUCUCGGGCUCCUGGUUGCCCAGAAGUCUCUCGGCUUGAGGUUUGAGUAACAAAGUAGGCAGGGUGGUCCAAGGCAGAGGGCCCUGAUGCUGAACUGUCCUUACUAAGAAGUCAAGGCUCAGGCCUGGUGCUGGUGGUUCUCAGGGCCCCAUUCAGUUCCAGCUAUCACGUGGUAGCUCACAGUUAUCUGUAACUCUAGCUCCAGAGGACCUGAUGCUGUCUUCUGGCCUCCAUGGGUACUGGGCAUGCAUGUGGUAUACAUACAUAUA